UCUUCUUCUUCUUCUUCUUCUUUUUACAUAUUCUCAUUCUAACAAAACAAUUGUGAUUAUGAUGUGAAAAUUAGAGCGAUGCAAGCCUACAAUCGGCUCCCCAGCAGCGGAAAUAGCAGCCCAAGAUCCCCGCCGGCGUCCCCCCUCAGCCGCUCCCCGCGGUACCGCCACCGCCCCACCAAAUCGGGGCGCCCCGCUCCCAAAACACUCGCCCAGCGCAUCGCCUGGAACCUACUCUCCCUUCUGCUCAAGCGCCAGGGGAUUUUCCUCUUCGCCCCGCUGCUUUACAUUUCCGUCAUGUUGUUUUACAUGGGGACGGUUUCGUUCGAUGUCGUCCCCGUCAUUAAGCACAGGCACGCCCCUGGCUCGGUUUACAGAAGCCCUCAGCUCUACGCCAAAGUGCGUCGGGAUAUGGACUCCGAUACUUCCUCCGGCGAUGCGAUAUCAACCAUUUGGAAGCAUUCUAAUAAAGGUCAAUGGCGACCUUGCAUAAAUAAGUCUUUGGAAGAUUUACCUGAGUCAAAUGGAUAUAUGUUUGUUGAGGCUAAUGGCGGUUUAAAUCAGCAGAGAACAUCGAUAUGCAAUGCUGUAGCUGUGGCCGGCUACCUCAAUGCAACCCUCGUUAUCCCAAACUUUCAUUUUCACAGUAUUUGGCGAGAUCCAAGCAAAUUUGGUGACAUAUAUGAUGAAGAAUUCUUUAUCAGAACCCUGAAGAAUGAUGUUCAGAUAGUUCAAACUGUUCCCAGUUACAUAAUGGAGCGAUUUGAUCAUAACUUGAGCAAUGUGUAUAACUUCAGGAUUAAAGCAUGGUCUUCAAUCCAAUACUAUAAGGAGACAGUUCUCCCUAAGUUGCUUGAAGAAAAGGUUAUAAGGAUUUCACCUUUUGCAAAUCGCCUGUCAUUUGAUGCUCCUCCUGCUGUACAGCGGCUUAGAUGCUUGGCAAAUUAUCAAGCUCUAAGGUUUUCAAACCCCAUAUUAACUUUAGGUGAGACUCUGGUGGCAAGAAUGAAAGCGCGCAGUGCAAAUAAUAGCGCAAAAUAUAUUUCUGUACAUCUUCGCUUUGAAGAGGACAUGGUUGCUUUCUCAUGUUGCGUAUAUGAUGGUGGCGAACAAGAAAAAGUAGACAUGGAUGCUGCUAGAGAAAGAGGUUGGAAGGGAAAAUUUACUAAACCUGGUCGAGUAAUAGUUCCUGGAGCAAUCAGAUUGAAUGGAAGCUGUCCCUUAACACCUUUAGAGGUAGGUCUGAUGUUGAGGGGAAUGGGCUUCAGCAAAAGCACUUCUCUCUAUUUAGCGUCCGGAAAGAUAUAUGAUUCUGAAAGACAUAUGGCUCCUCUUCUGGAGAUGUUUCCAUUAUUAGAAACGAAGGAGACGCUGGCAUCUGCCGAGGAACUAGCCCCGUUUCAGAAUUACUCCUCCAGAAUGGCUGCGAUAGACUACACUGUCUGUCUACAUAGCGAGGUAUUUGUCACAACUCAAGGUGGGAACUUUCCACAUUUCCUUUUGGGGCACAGAAGAUUUUUAUAUGGCGGACAUUCCAAGACUAUUAAGCCAGACAAGCGGAAAUUGGCAUUGUUAUUUGACAAUCCAAAUAUUGGGUGGAAGAGCUUCAAGCGGCAUAUGCUAAAUAUGCGAUCUCAUAGCGACUCGAAAGGUAUUCAAGUGAAGAGACCAAACGACUCGAUAUAUUCAUUCCCAUGUCCAGAUUGCAUGUGCAAAGGCAAUAAAACUGAAGAUUCACGAACAUCAUCCGUGACGUGAUUGAUUGAUCCUACGGGCAGAAAGGUUCUGCUCCAGUUAUCUGUGUACUUGUGGCUGCUAACCCCCUCUGAUUCUUUCAUUAUUUUUUCCUCUCCGGAACCUGUUGUUAGAAAAAAGGUGCUAGGAAUUGAUUUUGUGGGACGAGUGAUUCUUCCAAGGGAGGCGAGCUAAAGGGGUGAGUGCACGAUGCCAGAAGAGAACCAAAAGUUCGUUGGAAACUACGUAGUGUGAAUUACCUACCUUGCCAUUAAUUAUACAACCAUUCUUGGCGAAGCGGCAGAUGAGAGGGGUUUGGACACGGUACGUUUGUUUUUGUCCAUUUCCUGUACCAUACGUACACAUACACACACACACAUACAUUUGUUGUUUCUGCUGUAGCAUACUUACCAUAGAACGCAUAUGGGAUUCGAUUACAUGAGUUCGAAUUGAAGCUUAGAAGAUUCUUCUACAUUCGGGUGGUUUUUGAAUGAUAGGACUAACAAACAAUCCCUGUUCGUGCAUAUUAUGUUUUCGUUGUUAUUUCUAGUGGUUUGACACAAAGCAUGACAUUGCCUUUAACGUAUUGGAAUUAGGUAUGGCGUCGUUUGCACUGA